AUGCCGGAACCUAAUUUUGAUAUUCAACCUGCCGAAAGACCAAAGUCUAGCGAUAAUCCAAAGGACAAAGGUGCAAGUUCGGCCCGAUCCAUCUCAGCCGCAUCCGUGCAAGACCUCCCUCCCAUUUUGCGGCGGCGCCAGACACGAACAAAUUAUGAUUCGAGAUUCAGAACAAUUGAUACCACGCCUUUAAGGCCGAGUUGGAGACCGGGACAGGAACCAGGGAUUGAUCCUUCAAAGCCCAAUGGCGGAAGAUCGCAAGCGCCAAUGCUGCAUCAGCAAUGCCAAAUUACAGUCGUCAACUAUAGCUCUGACGAGAUGGUCAUGCAUGAGUUCAACAAUGAGCAGUUCAUCGAGUUUCUUCAAAAGCCACAGGAAAGUUGGAUCAAGUGUUCUUGGAUUAAUGUUACAGGGCUUAGCUGGGACGUUAUUCAGAGCAUAGGAAAACAUAAGAGGUUGCAUAAGUUGGCGAUUGAGGAUCUUAUUGGUGGUAAAGGUUUGACCAAAACAGAAUGGUACCUGGAUCAUGCAUACAUGGCAAUGACUUUGUUGAAGCUGGUUUCACUGAAAGAAGAGAUUGACGAUCCGGACGAUUCGGACGAGGAGAAGAAUACGUGGACUCCUUUUGAUCCGAGCAAUGGCUUCAUCGCAGGGCAUACAUCUGGUGAAACUCAGCCUCCAGCAAUCACAAUAAGAAAAGGUCAGACCUCGCCGUGGACCAGAAUGACAAGGAAGCUGUUUCCAAAGCGAGCUAAGCAAGAGAGGGAGAAAGACCUAAUUUUCGAAUAUGGACAGUCCCUACGGAGAUAUCUUGGGGGUGUCAACAAUGAAUGGACGACAUACAUGGAAGAACACUCACCGUUGACAUCCAAAAGACUAGCGGUAGCUGCGGAGCAAGUCUCGAUUUUCUUAACAGCUGGUAUCCUCUACCCAUAA